AUAUUGUAAUAGCUGCAACCUGGUCUGGUGUCACACGCUCACAUGGGGGGCAUAUGAGAAGGGGGGAAAGGGGCUCAUCCGCGGCCACUCCAUGACCUCAUUGGUUCCCGAGUUGAACAGUCAUUCGCAACCCCCAACCCUACUACUUGUACCAUUGAUAACCUCACUUUCCGCAAUCCUAGACCCCGCUUGCGAACACAUUCUCAUGCACGACCUUCUCGCCCUCCGUCCUCUUCGAUAGUGCAUGACGAUACACUUCACACCCUACUCUCUCCUCCAGCAUGUCUUCCUCCAUUGCUAUCCCCCAGCGAAAGAAGAAGCAAGGCGGUGCUAGUAAUCGGUAUACCGCGGCUGCAUCGAGCUCAACGACCAACUCGAGCAACUCCCCAUUCGCAUACGGAAGCUACUCAAGCAACAUGUCUACCUCUCCAAGCACUCCUCCGUCCCGCCAUUCAUCUGUCCAUAACCGAAGGCCGUCUCUGAUGUCGCCAUCCUUCUCUGAAGCCGAGUAUACUGUCGUCAAUAUCGGCAAUUCCGAGAGCCCCAGACUGGUCUCGUGUAUCAAGGCAUCACAGGGCUUCCACUGGAAUCAGGAAAUCUUCCUGCCGUCGUACGCCGAUGUCCAUUUCGAAGAGCUCGAGCGCAAGCAGGACCCCGUGCAAGAUAUAUUUGUGAGUGACGAAGAGGUCGCACAGAUUUUCCCACAAUGAACUAUGUCACACGUAUGAUUCGGAACAGCGUCUCACGGACGCUGUAGACUACGGUUCGGGCCAUGAAUGGGCUCUGGCUCUGCCGUCGGCAUUCCCUGGCGUAACUUUCAUUUCUUCUCACGCGGACCUUUACAAUCCGGAGCUUCUUUUCAAGCCUGUCACUCUUUGGACAUGGCUUUUUGACGACGGCGUAAUGAAUGGGCAAGAACGGUGCUUUAUGGGUUAUAGGCGUCAUCUAUCACGGAUUCAUGGGUUGGUGGAGUUGAAGGCGUUUCCAGUUGUCUGCUUCUAAAUGCGCUCGGGAUGAUGGCGAAGAGG